AUGUUGCCGAUGCCUUACAUUGCAUAUGUUUUGUGGUCGUUUGAAGGAACAGGUUGGUUUUUUGCGAGAAGAGUUGCUUGGAGUUGUUCCGGCCUCUAAAAUAAGGCUGAAAAGUAUGAAUGGUCGAAGUACGACGCUCAAAUUUAAUGGCAGAAAUAAAGCGUUUUUUCUGCGGCCGCUCUCCACGUUUCGCACGCUCUCUCGGCAGCAAACUAUUUAUCCACUAUAGAAAGGUUUCGUAAUACGGAGGUUUAUAUUGGCGUAUGUAGGUAAUUUAAAUAAAAAAAUGAAGGUCGCGCAUAGGGCACUAAGUUGCCAUGAAAAUUUCCAUGCAUCUUUUUUCAGGUACCCUAUACUCCAUGCAUUAUGUUUUCUGGAGUAGCACCUUCUACUUUGGUUUCUACCCGGCGCUCUCGAUCAGUAUUCUCUUCCUCGCGCUGGAUCGCAUCAUAACCAUCACGCUCUUUACCGCUCACGUACGCACUGUCCGCGCGUCCUUGGCAAUAUUCAAUGUUUUGUCGCAACUUCUAAUCUAUUUCUUUGUGGUUUGCCACAAUUCCGUCUAUGCGCCGGACACUGCCGCUCGAUCGGACUGCGUCAGCUACGGUUGCGCUGGCACCAGCAAAACCAGCCAGAACUCGACGUUUCUGUGGACGGUAAAUUUGCCAAUCGUAUUCACCAACGUCAUGCUGGGAUGCGCUUUCUAUUUUCUCUACCAUAAACGGCAAAAAGCGAUGAUUGCACGAGCGAACAAAAAGGUAAAGACUUUCGUUUUUAGAAUACGGUAGGUUAAUGCAGUCCCUGUGAGUAAUAAUGCACUCCAAGUUAGAGAAGUCAUUUUUGAAGGACAUAUCUUUCUUCAGGUAAACCAAAUUGCCAUAUCAGCAGUAGCGGUCGAAUUCUUCCUCAAAGUCACUCCGUAUGGACUUUCUUAUGUCAUAACAAAGGUAGAAAAAUUUUUUUUUUAAACAACUGAUAACAAUUUGAAUUCAGCUCACCGGCGCCAAUCUUCCCAAACUUUUUGGCCCGUACUUCAUCUACUUUCACGCGGUCGAGAUUGGCUCAUUAGUUUUUGUAUACUACAAACAACUGCGGACCUCACGGUUCACGUCGCAAAGCGGCGCGAAAGUCCAAAGUGGCGGAAGAGCGGGGACAGUUAUUGUGCAUCCAUCAGUCGGGUCAUCAAUUCAUUAAAAUGUAAGUUGGAAAUUACAGUCUUUUCUAGAGGAUAAACUACAUAUGUAGAGCAAAAAAGAACUUUUUUGAUAUCUCAUCUCCCACGCGGAAAAGAUUCAAAAAUUGCGGGGCUAUUAUAUUUAGAUUGUAUUACUGUUAGUACCAGCUCUUUAACACCACCAUAAAAAUAUUUGUCUACAACGUUGCAAAUCAAUAAUGGACGAUACCAAGGCGUUAUUUUCCCGACAGACUGAUAUGUCUGGCUGUGCAAAGUACACUUCGAUUAUCAAUUUAUUUUUUCUUCGAGUUUUUGAUUUGCGUCUAACGUUCAAAAAAAAAUUAGCUGCUCCAUUCUUUGCAUUAGACCGUCCUUUGAUAUAAAUUUUUCGCAGAAAAAACUAACUUCGUCAUGCACUACAUCUGAGAGACGAAUUACGAUAGGAAUAAUGAGAAAAAAGAGUUUUUCAAGAGAAAUGCGCAAACAGCUGCUUGUGGAAGACCUGGCGGAGGCCUGCUGAAGGCUGGGAGAGAGCUGCGGCAGAGAAAAACACUUCUUGGCUUUGUCAGCUUCGCGCGGACAGUCUUUUUGUUGAAACAUUACCAAUCAAAAAUGCGGUAUAAGUAGGCAUGAAACCCCUAAUCCCAAAAUUCUCAAAGUACCACAAUAUUUCCAACUUUUGUCUUAUAAAUGCCGGCAGUUUCUGGAUACUGCGAACUGGAGUUAAGAUAUCCCUCUCUCAUAUGUCUUAGAAAAAUGCAUCUAAACUUGUGCCAAGUUUUAUCAAAAUCUGCGCGGUGACUAGGCCUAUUUCUUUCGUAAUGAACCUAUCCCCUGUGAGUUCAUUUGUUGCGAAACUCGAGCUCUUUUUCCGGGAAUGCUAAAAGUAAAACCUUCAACUUUACACACUUUUAUUGAAAUUCCUGCCCUUUUGUUUUGAUAAUAUUUUUCCUGUACUUCUACACUCUUAAUUCACCCCGGAAAAAAUGCUUUUCAACCGUUCUUUUUUUAGAAAAGUUUUGCAAUCCUGGCUCCCGUUAUCAAGCCGCAUUACCCACGUUCUUAAGCCGCUGGUAAGCAAUGAUUAAUCAGUUGACUGAGAAUGAUUCUGCAGAUACUGUUGCUGAUUACGGUUUGUCUGUUCUACGAUUUGUAUUGGAAACGGAGAAAUCUGCCUCCGGGCCCAACGCCAUGGCCGAUUUUUGGGAAUCUGCUUCAAGCUGCGCUGCAACCCCCAACCAACGCAUUUCUCGAGUGGAAGAAGAAAUACGGAAGUGUUUUUACAUUCUGGAGAGGUGAUAUGCCAACGGUCAUGUUGGCGGAUUACGCGGCAAUCGAACAUGUUCUGACGCAAUUGCCGGAGACUUUGGUAGAUAGGGUUCCGAUGCACUCGUUCAAUGCCAAGUACCGGUGUAAGUCGUGGAUUUUUGAAGGAUGGAGGGGGAAAUAAACGGUCGCUUCUUUUUGAGAUUAUAAUACAACGCUUAUAAAAAACGCAUACUUUGGCGGAGGCAAUCUAGAAAAGCCCUUGUCCUCUCGGACCAUCCUUAUAUACAUAUAAUGUAAUGUUUUUCAUUUUGCUAGCGGAGACCGAAAAAAAAAUCGAAAUUUGCAAAGUACCCCAAGAGCGACGUUCAUAUCUUUUUCUGGCUAGGAAUGGACCGCUCGCUUUGCUCUGGGAUGAUGAUAUAGCACUUCCAAAGGAUUAAUCUUUUGGUGAAGACGAUCUAGGGAGGCCCAUUGUCUUCUGCGCUCAUCCUUCAGUUUCUUUUCACAUUUGCAAGAUUUUUGACUGUCUCGGCAAACACGCGCCUGUUCGGAGACAGCAAAAUCCACCCAGUCGGAAGAUACCGGACAUAAGAACGUCUCUACGUUUCACUGUCACUUCAGCGCAUCUCUUCUGGGAGUCUCAUCCAAAACGCUUGAUCUGAUUUACUUGAUCAAAACACCAAUGCAUUUUUUUUGUUUUUCAGCUGGAGAUCAUGGCGUUCUGUUUAUCAGCGGCACGGAAUGGAGAGACAACCGAAGAUAUGCCCUUCAAAUCUUUAGAGAAUUUGGAAUGGGAAAGAAUGUCAUGGAACAAAAAGUAAGACAUAUUUUUCGAAUAAACGCGGCGACUUUCAUUUUCAGAUGCUCGCCGAAAUUGAAGAUACUUUGCGAACUUUCACCGAUUAUUCAGCUUCCACGGAACCGCAAGACAUUUGCUACGAUAUAAACCGAGCGGUCGGCAAUAUAAUCAACUCUCUUUUGUUCGGUUAUAGGUUCGAAGGGGCCAAGCAAGAAGAGUACGACGAGUUGCAGCGCCGAGUCAGCGAGCAUGUUAAAAUGCUGGCGCAUCCGUUGGUGAUGAUUGGAACGUAUCGGAUCGACACGUUUGAGAAACUGCCGUUCGUUAACGGCGCGUUGAAACGGCUGCAACAAACAGCGCUUGACUUGACAAAAUUCUUUCGCAACCAAAUUAGUGAACACGAAAAGGAGCUGCAGUUGUGUGGCGAUGCACAGAGUACUGAUUACGUAGAGAGUUAUUUGAAGCAAAUGCAUAAACGAAGGGAUGAGGGUGAUUAUGAGAGCUUUAGGUAAAGAAGAAGAAAGAAAAUAUACAGUGGAAUAUCUGUACAACAAAGCGCAAUUGGCCUAAAAAUUUACACGUUAUGGAAGCACUUCGCUGUACGGCUGUUCUUUUGACCUUAACUUCGGACCUCUGAAAUUUUUUGCAAUGGACCAGUUUUGUUUCACGGAAGUUUGCGACGCAAGCUUCCACUUUUAAAAAAUUACGCUUUUCAUAUCUAUGGUUGCAUACCGGCAAAAGAUAUCCUUAAAAAUAUCUUGCUUUUUAUUUCAUAGUCAAAGCAAAAACUUAUAUUUACUGGCUCUCUUCAGCCACGAUAUCCUCGCCUCAAUGUGUUACGAUCUCUGGUUGGCAGGCCAAGAAUCGACCAGCAAUACGAUCAACUGGGGAAUCGCUUAUUUGGCCAACAAUCCUGACAUUCAAGACCGCGUUUUUCAAGACAUUCAAAAUGUGGUUGGCGAGCGGCCUGUGACCAUGGCGGAUCGUCCAGGUCUUCCGUAUCUCAAUGCUAUUGUUUCGGUGAGUCUACGGAACUACAUAUUUUGCAUGACUUUAAAGGACCACAACAACUACAUUUGAAUCGAGUUUUUUACGGCUUGGAGGUGCGCCUCGCCAAAAGUUGCGAAAAUCCCGCGAAAAAAACAAAUACAAAAAAUAAUCGAGAAUUUUUUUGCAUUCUCGAAAAUGCAAACUUGAAGAAAGUUUGAACUAGUUCAUGUUCCAAAUCUGCUGAAAAACGCUUCUUGUUCAUGUGGAUUCUGCCAACACCCAUUCUGAUGCUCUUGGGGAAAGUCUGAUGUAAGUUUUUUUUUGGUUUUUGCUUGGUUUUUCACGUUUAGGUAGGAGUGAAGGAUCUUGAACAAUAUUUUUGCGGUCCUUUCGAAAAACAGCACGUGCGCAGUCUUGAGGAGCAAGUUUUGGACUCAAGGCUUGUGCUGUGCCCAUGUUCUUGCUUUGUUCGUGCUGUUUUUUUGCGUUUAGAGGUAUUUUAUAUUGUUUUAGUCAACUCUUUCAAUUUCAGAAUUGUUCAGUAGCCUGGAAUGACACAUGCAGAUGAAUGAACUAUCAACAUGCAACUGUAAUUAGGCCUAAAUGUGUUUCAAAACGGAUAUAAUUAAUCUUUUAAUUUAGCUUUUAUUAUUUUGUUAUAUAAUAUUAUACAUCAAUAAAACAUCAAUCAUGCAGUUUUUGUUCAAUUUUCUGGUGUACGACCCCUUUUCGUUUCCCUCGCAGAUCCAUUGAUUCACGAAGACACAUGGAUCGUGUUCUAGGCGAUUGAACAAUUCUGAAAUUGAAAGAGUUGACUAAAACAAUAUAAAAUACCUCUAAACGGGAAAAAACAGCACGAACAAGGCAAGAACAUGGGCACAACACAAGCCUUGAGUCCAAAACUUGCUCCUCAAGACUGCGCACGUGCUGUUUUUCGAAAGGACCGCAGAAAUAUUGUUCAAGAUCCUUCACUCCUACCUAAACGUGAAAAAACCAAAAAAAACUUACAUCAGACUUUCCCCAAGAGCAUCAGAAUGGGUAUUGGCAGAAUCCACAUGAAAAAGAAGCGUUUUUCAGCAGCUUUGGAACAUGAACUAGUUCAAACUUUCUUCAAGCUUGCAUUUUCGAGAAAAAUUCUCGAUUAUUUUUUGUAUUUGUUUUUUUCGCGGGAUUUUCGCAACUUUUGGCGAGGCGCACUUCCAAGCCGUAAAAAACUCGAUUCAAAUGUAGUUGUUGUGGUCCUUUAAGAAAAAGUUCAUAUCAUUAAAUAAUAUUUGCUUAAAACCAAUUGUUUAGGAAUCGCAACGGAUAGCCAAUAUUAUCCCAGCGCUAGUCCCACGCAGACAUCAUAAAGACCUCAAAAUUAACGGGUUUACAAUCAAAGCGGGUACAGCAAUAGUUCCACAAGUCUCGGCGGUGCUUUAUGAUGAAAAUGUAAGGGGUAUUUGGACAAAGAAGAAUGAAUUGAACUUUUAGGUGUUUCCAAAUCCCCACAACUUCAAUCCUGACCGCUUCCUAGACGAGAACGGGCACUACAGAAAGAUCGAUGAGUUCAUCCCAUUCAUCGUUGGGAAAAGGAAUUGUCUUGGAGAGGGUUUAGCCAGAAUGGAGCUGUUCCUGUUCAUGAGUAACUUGUUGGCAAGGUUUAAAGUAAGAACUGGGAGCGAAAUAAAGAUUGACUUUAUUUUCAGUUCCUUCCAGAGAACAGACAGAUCGAUGUGAGUAGGGUAUGGGGUGGGACGGCAACAAUGAAUCCAUGGAAAUGCAAAGUUAUACCUCGGUUUUAA